AUGAAGUAUGACACUAAAGUUGAGAGUUUAUCAAAGCAAGGUCAAGGACCUGGAAAGGUCCAGACCCGAACUAGGAAAAUGAAUUCUCAGGGUGCUAGAGCAAUUGUCAGGGAAGUCCUUUUCCUUCUUUUUUGUAUUCAGCUAGGAGUGGCACAUAACAAUGAUCUGGUUUUGCAAUGCUCUAGCCCUAUUAAGCUCUUUCCUUGUCUGAAGCCAAGGGGUGCUCACUGCUGCUUGUUACGGGAAAUCGGGAACGACCUUGCUCAUGGCCAUAGGCAUGGUAUGCGGCUAGCUCAUGAGAGGGGAGGGAUCACUGAAUGGAAAUUUCCUUAA